AUGUCGCUGGCCGAGGCCAUCGGCUUCUGGAACGAAGGGGUGCGAGCGGCCGACAGGAAGGACUGGACUGGGGCGCUGGACGCCUUCCUGGCCGUGCGUGACCCUCACGCCCGGCUCUGUUAUAACAUCGGUCGCGUCUACAGCAUCCUGGGGGACUUCCCGGAGGCCGAGAAGGCGUUCACGAAGAGCAUCGCACUGGACAAGCACCUGGCGGUGGCCUACGUCCAGCGGGGGCUGCUGUACCACACGAUGGGCAACUACGACUCGGCUCUGAAGGAUUUCCAGGAGGCCCUGGGCCAACUUCGGGGCAACCAGCUGAUCGACUACAAGAUCCUGGGGCUGCAGUUCAAGCUGUUCGCCUGUGAGGUGCUGUACAACAUCGCCUCGGUGCACGCCAGAAGGGAGGAAUGGAAGAAGGCAGAGGAGCAGCUGGCUCAGGCCGCCAACUCGUGCCAGGCCGAUCCCCGGCAGGCCAAAAUCCAACGGGCCCUGGACAGCGUCUGGAAGCAGAAGCCGUUCGAACCGGUGACGAUCCCCACGGACAGGCUGUUCCGGCCAAACGAGCGACAAGUGGCCCAGCUGGCCAAGAAGGAUUACCUGGGCAAGGCCACGGUCGUGGCGUCCGUGGUGGACCAGGACAGCUUCUCCGGGUUCGCACCGCUGCAGCCCCAGGCAGAAGAGCCCCCGCCUAGACCCAAGACCCCCGAGAUCUUCAGGGCGCUGGAGGGGGAGGCCCACCGCGUGCUGUUCGGGUUCGUGCCCAAGACCCCCGAGGAGCUGCAGGUCAUGCCCGGGAACAUCGUGUUCGUGCUGAAGAAGGGCAGCGACAACUGGGCCACGGUGCUGUUCAACGGGCAGAAGGGGCUGGUGCCCUGCAACUACCUGGAGCCCGUGGAGCUGCGGAUCCAGCCUCAGCAGCAGUCGCAGGACGAAGCUGCCCCCGACGACAUCCCGGCUCCCCCUACAUCCCGAGCCCCCGGGAGGCCCACCCCGUCGCCAGGUGGGGAAGCAGGAGGACCCCAGGAGGUCCAGCUCAGGGUGCCCGACUUCUACACCCUGAAAGUACACCACAAGUUCACAGUGGUCCUGGAGACACAGCCGGGGGUGCCCUACGAGCAGCUGCGGGCGGCCGUGGCCCAGAAGCUGCGGCUUCAGCCUCAGCACACCAGGCUCAGCUACCGGGCUCAGGACAGCCGGGAGCUGCAGCCCCUCUCUGAGGAGACCCUGAAGGCCGCCUGGGCCGGGGCCAAGGACUUCAGCCUCACGCUGUGGUGUGAGAGUACAGUGGGGGACCAAGGGGUCCCAGAGGAACAGGAAGGGCAGGAGGGCGCCGGGCUGGCCCCGCCCGCGGCGGACGAAGUGAAGGAAGGCAGCCAGGUGGUGGCACUCUUCAGCUACCAGGCCACCCAGCCCGAGGACCUGGAGUUCCAGGAGGGGGACGUCAUCCUGGUGCUAUCCCAGGUGAACCAGGAGUGGCUGGAGGGUGAGAGCCAGGGCAAGGUGGGCAUCUUCCCCAGGGCCUUCGUGCGGGCCCCGGCGGCCGCCCAGAGCAGCCCACGGAGCUGACGGCGGCCACACACACGGAAGGGUGUCCCCGGAACCCAGCCGGCCGGCACCUUGGGAGGCUUCAAGGGCGCGCACGCGGGAGGAGCUGUGGGCUCACUCACGGCAGGUGUCGGGGGUCCGAGGGCGUCU